GUUUCUCGUCCACCGACCAUGUCCUCUUUCCCCGACUACUACAAGAUCCUUGGUGUCUCGAAGAACGCUAACCAGGAUGAAAUAAGACAAGCAUACAAGAUCCAGUCGCUCAAGACUCACCCAGACAGAUUAGCGAAAGCUAAUCCAGCGGAGAAGAAGGCAGCCACCGAGCAAUUUCAGGCUGUGGCUGAUGCGUACUACAUGCUGUCGGACGCGACCCGCCGCAGAGAGUAUGACGACCUCUAUGCAUCCCGCGGGCCGCAAGACAGGACAAGCGAACCCGGUUCCUCCGCGAACUUUUUCAACACUUUUGCGAGCAUGUUUGGUGGAGGAACACCAUCUGCGGGUGCGCAGUCGCCACCCGGAGCUGCGGGGGAACAGCCGGAUGCAGACCAUGUAUUUGCGGACGUGUUCGAGGACCUUCUGCGCCCGGAGGUGCAACGCCAUGCCCCUUGGUGGGCCUGGCUUGGAGCCAUCUGCGGUGCCGGCCUAGGGUUCAUCAUCGCCAACAUUCCAGGCCUCAUGGUCGGUGCAUACGCAGGCAACCGCCUGGGUGCCGUCAGGGAUGCGAAAGGCAAGAGCGUUGCUGCCGUCUUUUCGCAGCUUGGCGGUGGUCAGAAAGCAGAGAUCCUGCGCGCUCUUGCUGCUAAGGUCCUCGGUGCUGCUGCCAGUCAGUUUUGAUGAUACCCUACGGCGUUACUCACCAACUGUAUCCUUAUGAAUCUGGAUGUUGAUGAUUUCCUGUUUGCUAAGUACCUACGAUGCCACUGGCUAUGAACAACGGAGUGGCCCCUGCCUAUGUAUAGUACCUGGCAUGCAUGAUCCGUUCGACGGAUUGUAACUCGAUUGUUAAGGCA